AGCAGUCUUAAGAGUCCUCUCUUUUGCAGUCCUCGAGGUUCCAGCUUAUCUUCCUGUGGUCAAAAUGUGUGACAAACCCGACCUGUCUGAAGUGGAGAAGUUUGACAAAAAGAAGCUGAAGAAAACCAACACGGAAGAGAAGAACACCCUUCCUUCCAAGGAGACUAUUGAACAGGAGAAGGAAUGUGGGAAGACAUCAUAGAGAUGGCCCUUGAUGUGAAGUGCCCAUUCUCUCUUCCUUACUCUUGUUUGCAUUCAUUUUUUUUUUACAACAAUGUAUAUUGUAUUAAAUGCUGCAGCUCCCAUUGCAACCAUCCCACCUCCAUUGCUUUGGAUCCCUCGGAAGCCCUGUCACCAGCUGGCUUCUUCUCUCUUGGGCAGCUGCUGCCUCCUUCGGGCGCUGAUGUUGCUGCCUGUUUCAGCAAGGAGAGAACGAACAAUACAGAAAAGGAGAUUUGGGGCUCACAUGGCUCAAACCCCACUCCUUCCUGCCCUGUCUAGCUAGAUGGGGCAAUUUCAGGGGCUGAGAUCUGUCCUCUGUAUUUGCUCACUGUUUGUUUCUGCAGCUCUAUUUGAUUUGUUUUCCUAAAAAAUUAAAACUUGAUGAGAAAAAUAAAAA